CCGCAAAAGCACUUGCAAGGCUCAUGAGUCAUUAAAGUAAAGUGUUGUUGUAUCACUGGAUAGGCCUUGCUGCUUUAAAAUAACUAAUCAUUUUGACAUGCCAGCUCUUGUAAAAAGAAUGCAAUCAGCCUUGCUCUUUGUAUGGCGCCUUUUUACCAUUGUUUUCAAUGACAUUGUAAAUUGGUUUGCGUCUGGCAGUAUAAAAACAGUAGACAAUGAGAUCAUCCUUAUUACUGGAGGAGGGCGUGGAAUAGGGAGAAAGAUUGCACUUGGUUUUGCCAGACUUCACCCUAAACAUAUUAUAAUAUGUGGCCGUACGCAAUCAUCACUGUUACAAACUGCUAAAGAAGUACAAGAACAAGGUGUGAACUGUGCUUACAUGGUUUGUGAUGUUAGUUCCAGAGAACAAAUUUAUUCUAUGGCAAAAGAGGUGGAGGCAAAGUUCGGGCAGGUUACGAUGCUUAUAAAUAAUGCUGGUGUUGUACACGCGAACUCUAUCAUCAAUAGUGACCCUGCACAAACAGAAGCUACAUUCCGCACUAAUACUCUGGCACAUUUAUGGACUACUAGAGCCUUCUUGCCUGGCAUGGUUAAACAGAAUAAAGGCCAUAUUGUUACCAUAAGUUCCAUGUUGGGAUUAUCAGCUUUAAAUGGAGCAGCUGAUUAUUGCAGUUCCAAGUUUGCUUCGUCAGGAUUUACAGAAGCUCUUCGUGAUGAACUAGUCAGCUCUGGGCACUUGGGCAUCAAGGUCACUAUCAUAUACCCGUAUCACGUCGAUAAUGAGAUGUUUGCUGGUAUCACUACAAGGUUUCCUUCUUUAUUCUCUCCCAUAAAUGAGGAUUAUCUUGCUCAAAAAAUCAUAACUGCAAUAUUGACUAACAGAGAGAAAGUUAUUGUACCAAAACUAAUGUAUUUGGUUGCACUGUUUUAUAGCAUUUCACCAGUGUCAGCAGUUACACCUAUAAUGAAAUUUACUGGCGUUCACAAGGCUAUGGACCAGUUCCAUGAGAAUCAUCACAAACCAUGAUCUUUUAAUUAACUAAUUUACCUUUUUAUAAUGUAGCAACUUAUUCCACACUGGUCCACAUUUUUCUUAAUAUUUAUCAGAAAACCUUUUUUUUUCAAUUUAUGAGCUCUAAACAUUUUAAACAUUUUUAAGCAAAACGAAAGUUGGUUGAUAAUUUUAUUUGAAAUUUUAAACUUUUCUGGUUGUAAUUAAAGUCACACAUAAAGUAGAAUUCAUGAGCCUAAACAUAACAGCCCAUAUUAUGCAUUUUGUGUGCAGCAGUGAUAAAUAAAAAUAGAUACAAAAGAUUGUAUGUAUAUAAACAUACAUGAUUUCAAACUGCCUAGUUUAUUUACUGACUGUUUUUAAUUGUAUUUCAAGAGUCAUCUUGGGUGAUCUUUUAAUAAGAAUUUUUGAAAUUUCACAACAUGCUGUUUAUUUUAUAAGGUUCAGAUAUUAAAAACUAAAAUUUUAAUAGGAUUUUUUUCUAGUUCAAAUUGUGCCAAUUACAAUACAUCAAAUUUAUCUUGCCUGAGCUUUCAAUUCACUAUUUUUAAAUUAAAGUUUAUGUAAUGUUGGAUACUUCUAUUUUAUUUUAAAUUAUUUUUAUAAACUGAAAUAUUAUAUUUAAUAAUUUACUGCUGUUGUUCUGUAUUGUUCUUAUACAUAAUGAGUAAUGCAACUUCUUUAUGCAAGAAAAAGCUAAUUAUUUUAGAAAACUUGUGCCAAGUUUAUUUAUAACGCAAUUAAAAUGUGUUUCUGUGUAAUAAUGAUACAUUUUACAAUGUACAUGCAAAAAAAAAAUUUGGUUAUUUAAGUAAUGGAAUGAGAAACUGAAGAUGUUAAUUUGGUGAAUUGAAAACAACAUACAUGAGUCAUGAGAAAAUCUUUCUGUAAUGUUGACUUACUGGUAAUAUGAAAGUCAAAAGAUGACUUGAUGAUUUCCAUUGCUGACUACUCACCUAUAAAUGACUGAGUAAAAUGGCUUAAUGUACCUUUACUUUUAAAACUUUCUUUAGUGAAGCUUUCCAAUGCAGUCAAUACUGCUUUUCAUGCAACUUAUUUUAAUAAUUGUUGAAAAUAUUUUAUUGUAAGAAUAUGUCAAAUUUAGUUUGAUUAAUAAUUUGUGCCAAUAUUUUGCAUUUUAGUUGACUUUUUAAAAAUCCAUACUGUAUAUUUUAAAAGCAAUUUGUAGUUUAAAAUUUUAAAAAGUAAAAAUUGCCACUGUGUGCUGUUAUUUUACUUUUGAAAUGCUUAAAUCUUCUGUAUUUAUUUUCAAAACCAUUUAUAUUACUUCUUGAAACAAUUUCCUGGCAGCUACCUCAUUGUUACAUAUUGUGUGGCAGCUUUCAAGUCUAUCUGUAUGCUGCAUGUAUAGCUGAAUGAAAACUUUAUUAUUAUAAGUUCAUGAACUCAUGUCAACUAUACUCAAGAAAUAAAGAAACCUUUUCUG